GACUCCCCGUAGCAGCAGAGGAGGAAAUAGCGCGGGUCGAGUCUGAACGUAUUUCGCGGGAGAGUUGCUAGCUGCAGGCUGUCUGUCAACACGGACCAUAACUGUUCAUAAAUCCAUAACGCAAUGAGUUUGUGGGUGGACAAAUAUCGGCCGACUUCGCUCGGUAAACUGGACUAUCACAAAGAGCAGGCGACUCAGCUGAAGAACCUGGUUCAAUGUGGCGACUUCCCACACUUGUUGGUGUACGGUCCAUCCGGCGCAGGCAAGAAGACUCGCAUCAUGUGUCUGCUGAGGGAGCUGUACGGAGCUGGGGUGGAGAAGCUUCGCAUAGAGCACCAGACUGUUGUGGCCCCCUCAAAGAAGAAAAUUGAGAUUAACACAAUAGCCAGCAACUACCACCUGGAAGUCAACCCAAGUGAUGCUGGAAACCAGGACCGUGUGGUGAUUCAAGAGCUGAUUAAAACUGUGGCUCAGUCUCAGCAGAUCCAGUCAAGCACCCAGCGAGAGUUCAAAGUGGUGUUGCUAACAGAGGUGGACAGACUCACGAAAGAUGCCCAGCACGCUUUGCGCCGAACAAUGGAAAAGUACAUGGGCACUUGCCGUCUCAUCCUGUGCUCCACCUCCACCUCCAAAGUCAUCGGCCCGAUUCGGAGCCGUUGUCUGGCUAUCAGAGUUCCUCUGCCGAGCACAGAAGAGGUGUGUAACGUCCUGACAUCGGUCUGUAAAAAAGAGGGUCUGCUCCUCCCACCUGAGCUGGCCAAGCAAAUCUCUGAGAAGUCUGGUCGCAACCUCCGUAAAGCCCUUUUGAUGUGCGAGGCCUGCAGAGUGCAGCAGUAUCCAUUCUCAGUGGACCAAGAUGUCCCGGCGACUGACUGGGAGGUCUACCUCAGAGAAACAGCUAAUGCCAUCGUCAGCCAGCAGAGCCCUCAGAGGUUGUUGGAGGUCCGUGCCAGACUGUACGAGCUGCUGACUCACUGCAUCCCUCCUGAUAUCAUCAUGAAGGGUCUGGUGACAGAGUUGUUGAGUAACUGCGAUGGCCAGCUGAAGACGGAGGUGGCCCACAUGGCAGCUUACUAUGAACACAGAUUACAGCUGGGCAGCAAAGCCAUCUACCACCUUGAGGCCUUCACUGCUAAGUUCAUGGCCAUCUACAAGAAGUUCAUGGAGGACGGCCUGGAUGCCAUGAUGUUUUGACUCUGAACAGACUUCAUACAGAUACUUCACUUGACAUGAGUUCAAAGUGCUCUUGAUUUUUGCCCCAAGACUUUUUGCAUUUAAAAAUAUACCACAAGGACGAGAGAUGCUCUCCUAAAAAUCUGCAUCAGAACAUGUGCAGAGCCAGAGACACCUGAGACACAGAACAUGUCAUCAUCUGUGACAUUCACCUGUUGAUUAAGUGAUUCACCCAGUAUCUAAUCUUUUGUAUAAUAUCUCCUGGCAACACAAUAAAUUGCUUUAACAGCA